AUGGCCAGCGGGCGUGAACAGACACCCCCUCCAGUUCAGUUUACCAGUGAUGCUGUUGCAAUCAGUUUCAAGAUGAGGGGGCUGACCUUGGAGCCCUUGAUGCAGAGCAAGCCUUUGAUGAAGGCGGUGAAGAAGGCACUUCGUGGGGCCCUGGCUGCGGAAUGUGGCCUGGGUGUUGGCACGGAGCAUGUAGCUGUUAGCCUCUCUGAGGGUUCUGUUGUCGUGGAUGCCAACGUUUGGCCUCCAACUAGCACAUCAUGCGCCUUUGUCAAGGACAAGCUGAAAGCCUCUUCCACGCUGGUCAUUACUAUACAGACAUGGGUUAAUGAUGUGCCUGGCCUCGACAAAGUUGCGAGCAACCAAGUCAAAGUUUCAAAGAGCUCAGUAAGCGUGAGUGUUAUUCGGCCUGACGAAGUCGAGCAAGAAGAACAGGCGGGUCAGCCUGCAGAUGUUGGCAGCCCACGCCAAGGUCAGCGCAGUGACAAGAAGGAGAAGCUUGCGAUCACUGGGCAGCUGGCAGAUGCAAAGAGCCUGUUGGAGAAGGAGAGGGAGCAAAUACUGAGCCAGUGCAAGGUGCUGCAGGACUGCUUGCAAGAAGCCGAGCGUGAUGCCGUGACCUUGAGGUCCGAAUUGGAGCAAAUCAAGCUACGAUCCCUGGCCCCAGAGGCGAUUACUGCCAGAGUCGUGCACCGCUGGUCACAUCUAGUGGCGAUCCUCCACUGGAGUCCAGUGGAUUGGUUAUCGCGGCUGAGAAUGGUCGUGGCAGGGGCAGCUUUGCAGUCCAUCCACUUUGACGAGGAGGCAAACGAAAUAGCAAACACAGCACAUCGAUCAGCUCAUCGGUCAGCUCAAAUUCUUUGGCGAUGGGGUCGUGCAUCAGCCCUUUUGCUCCAUCGUCAAGUGAUUGUAGCUCAUCGCGAUGCUAUUUUUGGAAGCAGCUCGUUUUGCCGGGCAUUGGUAUCUUGGGCAAGGAUUGUUGCAGUGCUGGGCAGAAGCCAUGCCGAGAGUUCAGCGUGGAUAGUUCAGGCAUGGGCACGGCUCGUGUCCAUGUUGGACUUGGUCGACGUCAGGAACAAGCGCUGUGGGCACGAGGUGGACGAGACGUUGCGCAAUUGGCCCCGAUUGGCCCAUUUGCUGAUAGUGUCGCAUCAGACAAGCUGCUGGAGACUGGUUCUGAGUAGGUCUGCCAAGCUCUCGACGGUUUUGAAUCGAUGGAAUCGCCUGGGGCACAAUGCGUGUGGGCGCAUGCUGCAAGAUCAGGAUAAGGUCAAGCUCCUCAUCCAAGAACGGCACAAGAAAGCCCAGGCCAAGAAGGUGGAUGCGCACAAUAUUGUUCCAGUGUGGGCAGCGUCAGACAAGCAGGAGACCGCAGCUCGCACCAUCCGGAAGAAGAUCACGCUGUCGCUGUCCACCUACCUGACCGAUUUUCCAUCAGUUCUCCGACACCCGCAUUCUUCGCCCAAGGAUGAAUUGCCAGAGCCCAUUGAUUGGGAAGCUGCAGAGAGGUCAUUAGAGGUGGACUGGUCUGUGAAGCCAGUGACUGGUUUCCAGCCAGGCGCAAAGGCAGGACUUGGCGCGCUGGAAGAGUUUACCACUCGUUUAUCUAGGUAUGCAGCCAAGCGGAACGAUCCCAACGUGGAUGCCUUGUCCGGCUUGUCCCCAUGGCUGCACUUUGGGCAAAUCUCUGCGCAGAGAUGUGCUUUGCGUGUCCGCUCGGCAGGGGAGGCCAAAGGUGUCUCCUCAGACGUGCAGAAGGGCUGUGAGGCCUUCAUAGAAGAGAGCGUCGUGCGUAGAGAAUUGUCAGACAACUUUUGUUUCUACAACGAGAAUUAUGAUUGCUUGGAGGGAGCGGCAAACUGGGCCCGGCAGACGCUAAAGGACCAUGAAAAGGAUAAGCGAGAGUACCUUUACUCCAUAGAGGAUUUGGAGACGGGCAAGACCCAUGACGACUUGUGGAAUGCAGCCCAGCUCCAGAUGGUAAGGGAGGGGAAGAUGCAUGGCUUCCUGCGCAUGUAUUGGGCCAAAAAGAUUCUGGAGUGGUCGCCAAGUCCCAAAGAAGCUUUACAGCGAUGCAUUAGACUCAAUGAUCGCUAUGAACUGGACGGUCGCGAUCCGAAUGGGUAUGUGGGCUGCAUGUGGAGCGUGUGCGGCGUGCAUGAUAUGGGCUGGAAGGAGCGCAAGGUGUUCGGCAAAAUUCGCUUCAUGAAUUACGACGGGUGCAAGCGAAAGUUUGAUGUUGCUGGCUUCGUCGCAAAGUAUCCUGGCGCUAAGCCUGCUUCUGCGGCUGCUGAGCCGCCGUCCAAGAAGAAGAAGACGAAAUGA